AUGAAGGUCCAUAUCAGUCACAUCUGCUAUUGCUUUCUCUUGUUGAAUUCGGCUUUUGCCUUAUACGUUCCUAGACUUAGUACCAGCCCUGUCCUGUUUAGUUCAGUGCAGGAUAAUAUUCGCAACAACAACUUUGAAACUUGGAUUAUCAAACAGAAGGAAGUCUCGUUCCAAGGUAUUCUCAAUAACAUUGGAGGUAUAAGUGAUUUCUUGAAUGAAACAGAGGUGGCAAAAGGUGCAGUGAUUGCUUCACCUUCUAAAAAUGAUCCUGAUUACUUUUAUCAAUGGACUCGUGAUGCUGCUUUAACUAUAAAAUCUUUAAUUUACUAUAUCCAAGAUGCAGAAUUUGAAGGUGUUGACCAUAUCAAGCUGAUUGUUGAAUCAUACAUUGAGAAUAAUUAUUAUCUUCAAAGAUUAGAUAACAAAUCAGGGAGAUUUGAUGAUGACUCGAAGUCUGGUUUGGGAGAACCCAAGUUCCAUGCAGAUAAUACUGCCUUCAACGAACAUUGGGGUAGGCCUCAAAGAGAUGGCCCUGGAUUAAGGGUCAUCACAAUUUUGAGCUACCUCAGUUUAUUAGACAAGUUUGAAAAAGGUGUUGGAAACACAUUCUUGGGAUCGAAGGAAUUCAUCUAUCAAGAGAUAGUUAAGCCAGAUCUUAUCUACAUAUCUAAGAAUUGGCAAGAAGAAGGAUUUGAUCUUUGGGAAGAGAUUAGCUCAUUACACUUCUUUGGUUCAAUUACUCAAUUAAGAGCACUCAAGGAUGGUGUCCGCGUAGCGAAGGAGCUCAAAGAUGAUCCAGACUUCAUUGAAACUUUGCAGAACACCUAUGAUGACUUGAAAGCAUUCAUUGUGGAAAUCUCUGGUUAUGCCCCUGAAUCUCAUCCUUAUAUCAUUGAAACCCCUUCAUAUUUGAAGUCUGGGAAGCGUAGCGGUUUGGAUUCUGCUGUUCUUCUUGGUUCAAUUCAUUCUCAUAACAUCGAGUCAAAUGACCAUGCAGAUGUUCCAUUUGAUGUGACUGAUGGACGAAUUCUCAACACUUUGAGUGCCAUGGUUGGUGACAUGAAGUACCGCUAUCCAAUCAACCACAAUAAAAUUGGCUUCGAAAGAGGAAUUGGUGCUGCAUUAGGGCGUUACCCUGAAGAUGUGUAUGAUGGACAUGGAACGUCAGAAGGAAAUCCUUGGUUUUUAUCAACUGCAACAGCGGCUGAAGUGAUUUAUAAAUUUCUUUAUAAAUUAGGCAAAAAUCGUGAAAAUAUUGUUGUUAAUUCUGAAAACAAAGAUUUCUUUAAAGAUUUUAUCGAUAUAGAAAGAAUUGAAACGGAAGCUGAUGCUCAAAUUGUGAUUCCAUAUGGCUCUACUACUUAUGUCAGUUUAACACGGAACCUCUUUCACUAUUCAGACUCAUUUUUGGAGAUAAUCAAAGAUCAUGUUGAUAAUAGCGGACAUAUGUCCGAACAAUUUAAUAAGUAUCACGGUUAUAUGCAAGGUGCUACGGACUUAACUUGGAGUUACAGUGCUGUAUGGAACUCAUUCAGAUGGAGGGAAAGAGCUUCAAGAACAUUAAAUAAGAUUUAG